AUGAUGACAAUGUCUUCGGACGAGGAGCCCACACUGAGAUCCGUUCCUCUCUCCGCCACUCAUACACCAUUCAAUCAGACCUGGACCGAUCCGCCAGAGAAGUGGGUAGUGUUCAGCGACCUCCAUGUGUCUCGCAACUCACUGGAAACAUGCCUUCGUGUUCUUGAAACAAUUCAUCAUGAGGCAUUGAAACGAAAUGCUGGCGUCAUAUUUCUUGGAGAUUUCUGGCACGAGAAGGGAGUACUACGGGUGGAUUCUUUGAAUUCAAUCUUGCUCGCAUUGUCAAACUGGAAAGUCCCUGUUCUUGCGCUUCCUGGUAAUCACGAUCAGGCGACUUUUGAUGGCGAAACUCAUGCCCUGACUCCUUUGGGCCUCGUGCUCUCGGCCGGGCACAUCAUUUCAAAGCCUUCAAUCUUGCUAGGUGCGCUUUGGGUGCCGUACACCCGCAGCCCAGAAUCAUUUAGGCAGAUCGUCAGGAGUUGCCCGCCAGGAGAGGUUUCCGCUCUUUUCUGCCACGUUGAUGUCAUUGGUGCGGAUCUUGGACUAGGAAUGAAAGCAGAAAGAGGUCUGAAUGUAUCUGACUUCCCCGCGGAUAUUCCCGUCUACACUGGACACUACCAUCGACCUCAGAAGCUCUGGGGCACUGCACACGAUCGUCGAAGAUUUCCUGUCCAGUAUGUUGGCUCGCCUUACCAAACUUCUAUGUCAGAAGCCCACGAAGACAAGUUUCUCCUCGUUUUGAAUGCCAAUAAGAACUGGACGGUCGAAGAGGAGAUUCCGAUGCAGAUUGGACGUCGUCAUUAUAUUGCCAAAUCAAUCGACGAGCUUGAGGAGAAAAUCUUGAAAUGGGAACCCUGCGUUGGAGACAGAAUCCAGUUGACUGUCGACGACCCCAUUGGUGCCCGUCAGAGGUUAUCAAAGUUCAACCUAUCAGGGGUCUCUCUUGAGGUCAGAGAGAAGGUCCCCGAGCUGAAGCAAGCGCGCAUUCCAAAGGCGGAUAUUCUGGAUCCCUCCUCUCUCUUGUGCCGCUUUUUUGAUCUACAAGACGGGUUGGGUGAGAUGGAAGGAGCCAUUAAGAAAGCUGCUAGUGGUCUACUUCAAGAGGUACUUGUAGAGAAGUCGUAUUCUUCCAUUCAAAAUCACAGGGAGGUUGUGUUUGAAAGCGUUGAAUUGAAGGGGUACUGCUCUUUCGGUCCAAAGAAGAAGAUCAUGUAUCCGUUGGAAGAUAGAGGUGUGGUGUUAGUCAUGGGUCGAAACCAGGAUGAGAACAGUUGUGACAGCAAUGGAUCGGGGAAGACGAAUCUUUGCAUGGCUUCUCUCUGGGCUUUGACGGGAUCUGCGGAUGUGCGGGCAGACGGGAAGAGGCUGGGCAGGAAGGACGUUGUACAUCAGAUUCGAGGAGGAAGAGACCAAGAGGAAGCGUCAGUGACUGCAAGCGUGACUGUGAAAGGAAGGGUCAAUGGGCAGGCGUUCAGCGUUCAGCGGAGGGAUCUGACCCAAUCCUCGCUGCGGGACACGCAGAGUGAGCUUGAGCGAUUGAUCCCUGUGCAGGUCAUCUCUGACGCUGUGUUCCAUGGACAACAUCUCAUUACAGGAAUUCUUGACAAGACUGACAAAGACUUCAAGGCAACUCUUGACAAUGUCAUCUCGUCGGAGAUUUGGUCUUCGGCUCAGGAAAUUGCUAAGGAUAGGAAGAAAAAAGCAAAGGCCAAAGCAGAUGAGCUCAAUGGUCGGCUGCUAGAGCGACAAUCUGAGCAAGAAGCGUUGAAGUCUGCUUGCAUGGACGUCAUUAGCAAGUCGGACGCCUGGUCGACUGAGAUGUCAGAAAAGAUCCAAACGCUGUCGGACGAGAUAAAGCACAAGAAAGAAGAAGUUCAGAAGAAUAUGUUGGAUGUAAGCAAUUGCAGGCUGGAGACGAGUACAGCUUCAGAGAGGAUGAAAGCCGCGCAAGACGAGUUCGACAGAUCUCUUGAUGAGCUGCAGAACUUGAGACUAGAUGGUCAGAGAAAACGUACUGAACUUGAGAUCAAAGUGAAGAAAAACAUGAAAGCGGUCAGCUCAGCUCAGAUGUUGCAGCGACAACUGGAAGUCAAACUCGAAGAGCUUGGGUCGAUUGUAGCUAGGAUGGAUACAAUCGAGCGAAAGAAGGAAGACGUGGAAUCACAACGCCUGAAAUGGAAAGGAGAUGUUCAGAGGAGAAUAUUAGAGACCAAAGAACUCCUUCAACAGGCCAAAGUCGAUUGCGAGAAAUAUCGCAAGACGCUUGGAGAAGAGAUGAAUGAGAUGGAGAGCACGAGAGUUAUGCUGUUGAGAAAGUUGAACGAGACGGAGAGGACUUUCGAAGAAGUAUCUGACCGCCGCGUUCGUUUGGAAGAGGCAUGGAGGACGAUCUCGCAGCAGCUGGAGGAGCUUGAAAAUCUCCAGCAUAGGAUGAGCUGUCAUGUUUGUCUGCAGCCAAUCAACCAUUCACAACACAUGAAUCAUGUGAUCGAGAUGAAGCAAACCAAAGACGUCAAAUAUCGAGAAAUGCAGGUGGCUGCAGCAGACUUCUCCAAGGCAAGCGAGCGACGGAAGGAGGCAAGAAGGCUGCUAGAGGAGCACUACGUGCACAUGAAUCUGGUACAAGAGAAGUUGAGGGAGGACCUCAAGACAGCUGAGGAGAAUUCAACGAGCGCCAAGAGACUCCUGACAGAGCUGGAGGCAGAAGUCGAUCCCUACAGCUUGAUGAUAGAAUCGGCUGCCGUCGAUCAGGGAGAGUGCAACGAAGCUUUCAGGAAGUUGGUGAACUCGUUCAGUGAUGAAGGUUGGAAGCAACAAUUGGCUGAGCUGGGCUGUGCGGCCAAGCUUCCAGAGAGCAGGUUCGAGGACGAGGUGGAUCUUCACACGACCUGGAAGCAUGAGAAGACCGUGUGGGAGGAGGCAAAGGCUCAGCUUCAAGGGUUGGAAGCCACGUACAACCUUGAUGUGAUUGAGCUCGAGAAGGACAUAGCAGGCAUCGAUUCACAAGCUAUCAGCCUCGAGCAGAACCUUUCAGAGGCUCGAUUGAAGUGUCGCGAGACUCGACAAGCGUUCGAGGAGGCGAGCUCGAGACUUGAGCUUGCCAUGAGCGCAGAUCAUGAAAUGAAGGAGCUGGAGACCGCACUAGCACAAGCGUAUGAUCGCUCGAACCCAUGGCUGGCCGAAGUCAACAUGCGCAAGGAGGCUGAGCAGAGCGGCAUGCAGCGAAUGCUGGAGCUGCAAGAAGCUCGUGACCUGCAAGAGCAACAACAGAAGCAGUGGGAGAAGAUUGAUGAGAUCUUUGGAAAGAAAGGAAUACAAAGUUUUGUGUACGAAGUGGCUAUUCUCGAGCUACAGCAGAGAGCGGAGAAGUACCUUGAGGUGCUCUCAGAAGACUCGCUGAGACUUCAACUGGCGCUGGAUGGAUCGAUUGUUGAGCGGAAGAUCCUGAUUCGCAUGCAGGAUGGCUCAUACAGUAGCAGAACGCUGCAUCAGCUGUCUGGUGGACAGUGGCGCAGGCUGAGCCUGGCUCUUGCUCUUGCCUUCUCUGAGUGGUCCAUGGAGCGGACAGCUACUUCGUGUAACCUCCUGGUUCUGGAUGAAGUCAUGCAACACUUGGACAGCGAAGGGUGCAUGCGAGUCAGCAAGAUGCUGGAAGACAUGAUCGGAAAGAAGAUGACGACUUUCUCUACUGUUCUCGUCGUUCUGCAAACUCAGAUAGGAGAGGAACUUGGAGAUUCUUUCGAUCACAUCGACGUCGUCGUGAAGUCUAACGAUGAAAGUCAAGUCAUGACUCUCGCUGGCAAGCGAUACUAG